GAGCUGAAAAAACAACCCUUCAGUUGGAGCUGCAAUCUUGAGUUGAGCGGACGCAUUUUAAACAAGAACUGAUUUUUUUUUUUUUUAAUCUCGCGAAAAAGAACGGAUUUAUUUUAAAACGGAAAAGGUCUCUUGUAAAUCGAUGGGGAGUAAUAGUUUGGGAGUAAUACUUGUCCUAGUCCAGAUUUGGAUUGGAGGAUUUUGUGAAGAAACUGCACAAUGUCGGCCUGGAUUCAGUUCAGACAGUUUUGUCUUCAGUGUCAACAGAGGAGAGCUAGAGAGAGGCAGAGUGAUUGGUAAAGUGAAUUUUGAUGACUGUACUGGACGCAAGGUAGUCCUUCAUACCUCGGAUGAUUCCCGGUUUGAUGUGGAUACAGAUGGAACCAUCAGACUGAAGAGAAGGGUGAAACUGCAUGAUGGGCACAAGAGCUUUGCUGUCCAUGCCUGGGAUACUAAAGGCAAGAGAACCAGCACCAGAGUCACAGUGGAAAAUGAAAAGAGAAGACGGCACUCCCACCAUAGAGACCAUCACCACGAUGGAAAGCAGAACUCUACAAAUGUUCAGAGCAGCAACCAGGUCCUGGUAUUUCCACAAUCUUCUACUGGCUUGAAGAGACAAAAGAGAGACUGGGUGAUUCCACCUAUCAGUGUUUCUGAAAAUGAACGGGGCCCAUUCCCCAAAUUUGUGGUUCAGAUAAAGUCCAAUAGAGUCAAGGAAAUUGCAGUUUUCUACAGCAUAACAGGGCCUGGAGCAGAUGCACCCCCAGAAGGGCUUUUCACAAUUACAAGGACUAGUGGAGAAUUGUAUGUGACCCAGCCCUUGGAUCGGGAGUCUCAAUCUCAAUAUAUUCUCAUGUCACAUGCUGUUGACAUUAAUGGUGCUACAGUUGAAGAUCCUAUGGAGAUCAUAAUUAAAGUUACUGAUCAAAAUGAUAACAGACCAGAGUUCACGAUGAACACCUUUCUUGGCAGAAUAAGCGAGGGAUCACCAGUAGGAGCUGUAGUUAUGAAGGUGACGGCUACAGAUAAAGAUGACCCCACAAUGGACAAUGGUAUAAUUGGGUAUUCCAUCCUAAACCAAGAACCCCAAGAACCCCACUCUCCCAUGUUUUCCAUUAACAAGUCUGGAACCAUUAGUGUGGUUGCAACUGGGCUGGAUAGAGAGAAAGUACCUGAAUAUAAAUUGAUCAUCCAGGCUGCAGAUUUGGAGGGUCGUGGUCUCUCAACCACUGCCACAGCUGUCAUUACUGUAACAGAUCAGAAUGACCAUGCUCCACAGUUUAAAACUGCACAGGAAACUGUUACAGUACCAGAAAACGAAGUGGGUAUAUUGGUGACGAGAUUAGCUGUGACCGAUCUGGAUGUGCCCCAUACACCAGCCUGGAAUGCCAAAUAUACAAUUGUUAAAGGAAACGAUGGAAAUGUCUUCAAUAUCAGCACGGAACAAGGCAGCAACGAUGGAAUUCUCAAAACAGCCAAGGGCCUUGAUUAUGAGACAAGAAGGCAAUACACCUUGUUUGUGACGGUUGAAAAUGAAGAGCCAUUUACCAGUACUCUACCAACAGCCACAGCUACCAUUACAGUUAAUGUAGAAGACGUCAAUGAGGCUCCCAUUUUUAAUCCAGUGGUGAAGAGAGUUGUAGUUGAAGAGAACAUGCCUAUUGGAAAUACUGUAACAGUAUACACUGCAACAGAUCCAGACAAAGAGAUGAAGCAGACUGUAACAUAUCGUAUGGGGAAUGAUCCUGCAGGAUGGCUGGAAAUCAAUAAUAAUGGAGUGAUCAAAGCUAAGCAGCUGAUGGAUAGAGAGUCUCCAUUUGUUAAAAAUAAUACAUAUACUGCAAUGUUUCUGGCAUUGGACAAUGCUAGCCCACCAGCCACAGGUACGGGAACUCUUGUAGUAGAAUUGACAGAUGUGAACGACAAUGGUCCCGAAGUAGUUGAAAGAGAAGUAAGAUUUUGUAACAAGGGAACAAUACCCCAAAUACUGAAUGUUGUAGACAGAGACACUUCGGUCUAUGCUGGUCCUUUUAAGGUACAAGUCCUGCGGGACGAGGAGAAAAACUGGACUGCCACCAUGAAUGAUAAAGGAGAACACAUUAUUGUCACAAUGGCCAAGGAGCUAAAGCAAAAUGAUUAUCUUAUUAUAUUGAGAGUGUUUGACACUGACAACAAAUACCAAGAUAGUAGCAUUAAGGCUAUGGUGUGUGAUUGCAAAGGGGAUGAGUUCUCCUGCCAAGAUAAAAUAAGUGACGCUGGCUUUGGCUUGCCUGCAAUUCUGGGGAUUUUGGGAGCCAUACUUGCACUGCUGAUCCUCUUGCUGGUACUGUUGCUCCUGCUCAGAAGAAGGAAGACCAUUAAAAAGGAGCCUCUGCUUCCAGAGGAUGACAUCCGUGACAAUGUCUUCUAUUAUGAUGAAGAGGGGGGUGGAGAGGAAGAUCAGGAAUAUGACUUGAGCCAGCUACACAGAGGUCUGGAUGCCCGACCUGAUGUCUUCCGGAAUGAUGAGCUGCCAACUGGUAAUGCUGUGCCACAGUUCCCAUACCGUCCCCGGCCAGCUAACCCAGAGGACAUUGGCAACUUCAUCGAUGAUAACCUGAAGGCUGCUGACAAUGACCCCACUGCUCCUCCCUAUGACUCUCUGCUGGUGUUUGAUUAUGAAGGUGGCGGCUCAGAGGCUGGUUCUGUCAGUUCACUGAACUCCUCCAGCUCUGGGGAUGAUCAGGAUUACGACUGCCUCAAUGAGUGGGGCCCCCGCUUCAAGAAACUUGCUGAUAUGUACGGUGGAGGAGAAGACUGAGACCUUGGUACCAACUGACAGCAGUUUUAAAACUGAAUACGUGUAAGUUUGUCUGAAGCCUUCUGUUAUGCAUACAACGCCCACACUGAUGAGAUAUUGGUAUAGAAUAAGUGAGUCUCGAAGAACAGCUUAAAUACUUUGUAUGCUUAUGAAGUUCUCCAACAGUACUUUGUUGUUUUUGAAUCCCAUGAUUUAAGUGUCUUUGCAGGUGAACUUUGAGCUUGUAGCACUGCAUUGACAACUGUAGAUGGUCUUUUGUAUAUGAAAAACUAAGAUUUAACCAAGAUUUAAGCUCUUGCUAGUCAAUAUUAGGGAGUUACUGCAUUGCUAUGGCCUUUUUUUUUUUUUUUUUAAUGUAUACAUAACUUUUACUGCAAGCCAAAAAUGUGUAUAACAGGUGUUCUCAGGAACUUAUUGCUAUAUGCAAAUACUGAAAUAUACAUUUUAUUAAACUGCACAAUUUAAUAAUUACUACUUGGAAAAGUAAACUUGCCGGAUGUGAAAUUGAAAUUUGUCUCACCUGCCAAUGCUUUUAUUUUUGAAGGUGUUCCAAGCUAAAGUCUCUUGUUUUGAUCGUGAAAUGUAUAUCCUUCUUUGUUCAUUAUCACACCAUAACCCUGAAUGGCUAACCUACUGCGAAGAUGGGCUUGGUGAUGAAAAUAUUGUUAGGGUUAAGUGGGUAGUUUUUUAUUUUAUUAUAAAUGCUUAAAGCUCAUUUAUCAGUCUUGUCACCAUUGUGCCAUGAAAAGUACUUUCCAGUGUCAAAAGAUUUGUGCAGCCUAUGGCGGGGGGGGGGUGGGGUGGGCAAAUGCAAACCAGUUAAUUUUCUUUUUCGAACAUUUUUCUAUAUAUAGAUAUUUUGUUUUUAAAUAUGCCAGAUUUACAUAUUUUAUCAAAUGUUGAGGCCAGAUUUGGGAAUAAAAUGUUUGUCAAUUGUCCAACUAAGUUGUAGUUUUAUUUUUGUUUUUAAAUAAACCCAAAGUGUUUCCUGUAA